GGCGGAGGAAGAAGAGGAGCUGAAGGUCUGUGUCGGUUUAUGUUCGCUGAAAACACAAAAGGUCAUCUGGCAUCAUGAGUCAGCGGACGGAGCGACGCGGGAUUCACGUGGACCAAUCGGACCUGCUGUGCAAGAAGGGAUGCGGUUACUACGGCAACGCAGCUUGGCAGGGCCUGUGCUCCAAGUGCUGGAGGGAGGAGUACCAGCGGGUGCGGCAGAAGCAGAUCCAGGACGACUGGGCCUUGGCAGAGAAGCUGCAGAGAGAGGAGGAAGCGGCGUACGCCAGCAGCCACGGGACGCAGACCCAGCCCCACUCCCAGGCCUCGGCUCCGCAGCAGCAGCCGGGACACGCCUCCCUGGGCCCCUUCUCCAAGUUCGAGGAGAAGAAGACCAACGAGAAGACGAGGAAAGUGACCACCGUGAAGAAGUUCUUCAGCCCGUCGUCACGCACCGCGUCCAAGAAAGAAAACCAGGAGGGGAAGACGCCGAGUCCGUCCACGAGCCGCCGCGCCAGCUUCGACACGGACCAGGUCUCCAGGGACUUCGUGGACUUCCUGAAAAACCUCCAGAAGCCCGGCAGAGACAUCCACAAGCAGUGCAGAGCCUUCAUCGUCAACAUGUCCAGCAAGAAAGACCUGAGCGCCGACGAGCUCUCGGAGUGCGUUCAGGACUUCUAUCAGGGCAUGGCCGACCGCCUGAUGAGCCACUUCAAAGGAUCCUCAGAGCCUGUGGAGCAGGUGAUGGACCAAGUGGAGAAGUACAUCAUGACUCGCCUGUAUAAGAGCGUUUUCUGCCCGGAAACCACCGAUGAUGAGAAGAAAGACCUGGCCACGCAGAACCGGAUCAGGGCGUUACACUGGGUGACCAUCCAGAUGCUGUGUGUGUCCUUCGACGAGGAAAUCCCCGAAGUGUCGGAGAACGUGGUGAAAGCCAUAACAGACAUCAUCGAGAUGGACUCCAAGAGGGUUCCUCGGGACAAGCUGGGCUGCAUCACGCGCUGCAGCAAGCACAUCUUCAGCGCCAUCAGGAUCACCAAGAACGAGCCGGCCUCCGCCGACGACUUCCUGCCGGCGCUCAUCUACAUCGUGCUGAAGGCCAACCCGCCGCGGCUGCAGUCCAACAUCCAGUACAUCACUCGCUUCUGCAACCCCAGCCGGCUGAUGACCGGCGAGGACGGAUACUACUUCACCAACCUGUGCUGUGCUGCAGCCUUCAUCGAGAAGCUGGACGCCCAGUCGCUCAACCUCUCCCCGGAGGAGUUCGAGCGCUACAUGUCGGGCCAGGCGUCGCCGCGCUUCGGCGGCUCGGAGGGCGACUGGUCGGGCGGGGGACCGGCGGGCGGGGCCGGCGCCGCCAACCCCGCCCUGGCCCAGCUCAACCACAACCUGGAGCUGCUGUCCAGCCUGGGCAGCCGGCAGGAGGCGGUGGCGGAGGCGGCCCGCGGCCUGCAGGCCGACCUGCUGUCCUGGACCCAGAGCGUGGAGCGGGAGGUGCACGGCAUCCUGGAGAAAUACCCGCUGGAGGUUUUGUCCUGCACCGUCUCGGCCAUCGACGCCAACAACAUGGACAACGACAACCUGCCGCCCCCGCUCACGCCCCAGGUGUUCGCCGGCUAGUCCAGGUGAAAAAGUUUAGUGCAGUUGACAUUAUAGCAAGGUGUAGCUCAGAGCCGCCCGGUCCCAACGUUUAACACCUGAACAUCUCUUCAGUUUUUGGAAAAGUUUCACCUAGGGGUGUCGCUUUCGAAAAGUUGCGUUUUCAGCGGCUCCGAGCAGCGUUGUCAUGGAAACGGGUCCUAAACUCAUGAACUUAACUGACUCCUACUACACUGGUUAGCACUAACCCACUUAACCCUCUUCAUUACGUACACUGAGCAGCCGCUGCACGCACACAUUAACGCGUCCGCGCUAAAGUGUCGUCAAGCGCUUUAUGAACUAGAAAUACAGCAAUGUCAAGAAAAUCUUACAACUUACUGGCAAACCUCUAGCUGUGCUUUAUUAGAUCGAUAAAUGUGAAGAGUGUCAGUAGCAACCUAGCAUUAGCAGCUAAACGCUCGUCUUCGGCAUUACGUCACUCAGAGCUGCCAACUCUUCACGUUCGCGUCUCGCGUUUUCUGCGGGAAGUUUUGGACGGUAACUGUACGCGAGCGCCUGUGCAAAAUACCGCGAGGAGUUUAUGCAUAUAGAUGAAUGUGAUUUACUUGCUUAGUUUCAGAUUGGGCAUGAUUUUUACAGAUACGCUGCUGUUAUUGUGGUGAGAGACAUUUUACCAGCUGGCCCCCCGCGACUUCUGUCUGCUCACUUUAUUCUAACGUGUUUUCUGUGAUGGACGUCAAAUUAUAAAAGAAUCAGAGAACUUUCCAGGAGACUAUACUGUUGAAAAAAAAGGGAUUUUAGAUGUGUUUUUUAAACAAACAAUUCCCGUUAUGUCUUCUUCCCCUGUAAAUUAUGACAUUAUGCUAAAUAAGUUUUACAUAGUAAAACAUGAAAGAAUGUUUUUUUCAAUAAAACAUAACGAUCUGAAACUGAAUGUGCAAAUCACAUUGGAUUUAAUUGAUAGGUGUAGGUAAUGAAUAAUAACUUUUAAAUUUAAGAAAGAUUUUAAAAAAUGACUUCAGAAUUCUCAGUAUAACGGGUGAGAGUUGGCAGCACUGUGUUACAAGUAAAACAGCUUAAAAAAGCAGUUAUUUUCACAAUGUUAAGAUCGUUGGUCAGCCUAAAUGUUAGCUUAUUUAUUUAUUUGAUAAUAAAUCCAUUCAGUAAAACAGAAAGUCAUUGCAUUUCAUUUUAUCAGUCGAUGUGACAAAACCGAAAUAAAAUGAACAUACAUCAAAGGGAUUUAAAAAAAAAAACCUCAGUCCAAGUAUUUACACCAUAAACACACCAAGAAUAUCAUGUUUCUGUAAAAUGCUUUGUGUUGAGUUUUGUUGUCGUUUACUUAAAAGAAACCUGUUUUGGGAGAUUCGGAGAGUUUUUCUCUUUCAUUGCACUUUAAUAAUUUUACUGACCGUGUUUUUCACUUCAUCCAUCGAUGUAACAGCAACAUCAUUUCAUUUCUUCAUGUUUUCACAUGUGGCAAAAUGCAGCUGAAGAGACAGAAUCUAUUACUGAAUCAAGUCAUUUCAUCAAAUUCACUUGAAGAAACACUUUUUUUCAGUCUCUCAUACUAACGGUCAUUAAAAGGUGGUUUCACAGAGUGCUCAAAUAUAAAGAUUUUUAUUUUUCUGAUGUACUGUAUCAUGACAGAACAGGUUGAUUUUACUCUUAACAGCCUCUUGAAAAUACUACCACUGGUAGAUUUGCAUUGUUUUAUGAGUUUCAGUGUUUCAAACUAUGGGAACCACUUAGAAUAUUUAUUUUAUUAUUUCAUCUGUGUCAGAAAACUUUCAUUAGUGUAGGGAUUACAACAGAUUAAAUGUGUGCUAAUCGGCUGAAAAUAGUUUAUUUGCUUCUGUUUGAGCAAAAAAUGUUCCCAAAAUAAAAACAUUUAUGUUGAACUUGAAAUAUAAAUAAAAUUAAGAAAAACUGAAUAAUAAUAAUAAGAAUAAUAAAAUGUUUUAAACUGAGCUGAUGAGUGUACCUAUUGGAAAAGUGUGUAAAUGUUCUUUUUUUUUUCAUUUCAGUGAAAUAAUAA